AUGUCUCCUGCCACAUUCCAACAGGCUCAUGAGAGGUUGGUUGAUACACUCUAUCAAAGCACAUCCCUCAAACAGAAAGCCAAUAGGGAAUGGCUGCUCAAGAUUUCUUAUGUGGAACACUUCUGGAGCAAUAUAGCAAAGGUCUCAUUGCCAGAUAUGGCCAGGGCUGGUGAUCAAGCAAUGUUGGCCAAGGCUGGCAGGGUGGAGAAUGAGAUAUCCCUGGAUUGGCCAUCAGUCUAUACCAACAUUGAUAUUAUUGUCAAUCAGGAAACUCCCUCUCACCGAGAUGUCACAUCCACCCCAACCCUUCUGGAUUCAUUAGUGAGCCUGGGUUCUCACAAUGCUAAAUUCCUUAUUCCAGAUCUGGGGGCCUGA